AUGUCCUCAGCUCAGGCACGCAACAGCCCGCCGAUACCAGCGCCGUCUACGUCGUCCCGAAGUCCCACGUCGCUAUCUUCGCGCUCCGAGAAGAGUGACUCGCCGGUUGGUAACCCGGCCGGGACCGAGGAUGUCGCCGCGGCCUCUGCUCUACUAUUGAGCGGCGCCAAGGAUGUUCGUGAGAUCAUCAGGCUGGUUCAAUGCGGCGUGUGUUCUCGCAUCUUGCAGAAUCCUACUACCUUGUCAUGUGGGCGUAGCUGCUGCCAAAGCUGCAUUCCGCCGACCUAUCUGCGGACAAACAUUUCCUGGCCCGCCACCGCCAACCGCCUCUAUGGCUUCGAGUGCCCAUUCGAGGAGUGCAAAAAAGAGCACGCGAUUGGGGACUGCAGUGUAGAUGUUACCCUUAACAAGGUCCUCGACAUUAUCCGCACGGCCGUUGAACAGGACCGAGAGGCUACACUGCCGCAAAAUGUAUCAACCCGGGUCGUCACCCUCGAUCGGUGGAGCGUUGCCGGACUGUCGUCGAUGGAAGAAAAGGGUGUCACGACACAAGUAAUCAAGGGCGGACGAAUUGUGUCGACUUACACCUUGGUCGAAAAUGGAAAGCUCGAUUACAAAUGUGAGGUCACAUACGCUGCUAUCGGGGCAACAGAGGAGGAAGUGACUGAAGGCGACGUUGCUGCCUUUACGAGCCUGAAAGAAUCGGUGCGCACGGAAAUGGAUUGCCAAAUUUGUUAUGCACUGUUCCUCGACCCAAUAACAACGUCCUGCGGUCACACCUUUUGUCGAAACUGCCUUCACCGGACCCUUACUCAUUCGGAGCAUUGCCCCAUCUGCCGACGAGCAUUGUCCAUCCAACCACAUGCGCCCUCUGGCUCGGCGCCGUCGAAUCGACGACUGGCGAAAAUAAUCAAUGGGUUUUGGGCCGACAUCAUUGCGGUACGAGCGCAGACUGUCCGCGCUGAACUACAAGCCGAAUUACGCGGCGACUUUGAUAUACCAAUUUUCGUCUGUACACUCUCAUUUCCAGCCAUGCCGACAUUCCUACAUGUUUUCGAGCCCAGGUACCGAAGGAUGAUCCGACGAGCCAUGGAGGGGGAUCGUACGUUUGGAAUGGUGCUUGGUUCGGCAACGACCAGCCCGGAUGGUCGCAACUUUUGCGAGAUUGGAACUCUACUCCGGAUUGUUAACAUUGAAUUUUUUCCUGAUGGUCGCAGUCUCUUGGAGUCAGUCGGUAUCUCGCGGUUCAGAGUUGUUCGACAUGGCACUUUGGACGGCUAUGUCGUGGGAAAAAUUGAAAAGAUUGAUGAUGUCAGUCUUGCUGACGAGGAGGCCAUGGAGAUUUCCGAAACUAUGCAUGGCCAGGGUGUUCGGGAUUUUAUCCAGUCCAGGAGCAACGAAACGUCAACCGCCACCGACCAGGAUCCCCCUCAACAGCUGGAAGAAGCAAACGUGCUUACCGUUCAGGACCUCGAGACCAAGUCUACACGCGAACUUUUGGAAAUUGGAAUCACCUUUGUCACAAAGAUGCGCGCACAAAGCGUAUCUUGGUUGACCGCAAGAGUUUUGGCAGUUUUUGGCGACUGUCCAAACGAUCCUGCCUUGUUUCCCUGGUGGUUUGCCAGUGUUCUCCCCGUUAGCGACGAAGAGAAGUACCGGCUACUUGGAACGUCUAGUGUUCGGCAGCGCAUGAAGAUUUGCUGUCGGUGGAUUGUUGAAUGGGAAGCAAGUAGAUGGUGA